ACGCUUCUCAAAGAGCCUGCAUGCUCAUGUCCCGCUCCCGCAGAAUCAGAGACGCGACAGAAGCCGAUAAGAAGCGUUGUAUUAGCGCCUCUCCUUUUGAAAGUAGCUGUGGGAUAAAACAUAUUUUAUCAUAUCAGUUUUUCUCUAAAGUUGGACGACGUAUUUGGAUAUAUCCCGCGUGAUAAAACGCGGUAUUGUCAGUUGUCCCAAACGAAAUCGAGGAGUUUAUUCAGUCGGAUCAGCCCGUUUCCUGCGAUUAGACAGACUCCAUCUGUCCCAUCUGCACGACAUCACUGCACUAUUACGGAUAGAAACUGGACGACACGCCGUGAUUUGAAUGCCUUUGCAGGGACUUUGCUGGCUUGUGUGCUGCAGACAAGGCUUCAGUUUGCUGGCUCGGGAUCAUGGGGAGAAAGAGGAGGAAGAGUCUUUUGAGUUACGCAAUCAGGACGAGCACACACACACGGGACGGGGGCAACUAGAGGUCACUCUGUCUCAGCCCACUCGUACAGCCAACGGCACACCCUGUCUGUCAGGAGUUCCUGAGGAGAAGAGAAGUCUCAUCACACUGAAGAGCAAGAUGACGAUGGAUGAAGACCCUGAGGUGCUUGUGAAGGGCUGGCUCCUGCGGGAGGUGCAGGGAGGUUGGCUCCGGCAGAGGAGGUUCUGGUUUGUGCUGACAACAGACUCUCUUGACUACUACAGCGGCCCGGAAAGAGAUGCUCGCAGACAGGGCACGCUUGUACUCACAUCCCUCUGUUCAGUGCUGUGGCCGGAUAAACACACCUACAAACAGACAGGUUACUGGAGUCUGACAGUGUAUGGCCGCAAACAUUGCUACAGACUCUUCACAAAGCACUACAAUGAGGCGGUGCACUGGGCAUGUGCUGUACAGAAAGUCAUAGACAGCAAAGCGCCGGUUGAGACGCCAACACAGCUCCUCAUACGAGACAUUGAGGAGAAUAAAUUUAAUCCAGAAGUUGUAGAACACAUCUAUGAACAUAAUCCCAUCCUGAGGUACACCCAGAGCCCCCUUUACGCCCCACUGCUGCCUUUCCCCUAUGGCAGCCUCCACCACACACAUAUGGCAGGUAAAGGCUACAUGUCCAUCCGUGAAGAGGCGGUGAGGCUUUUUAACUGCCUCCAGCAGUUGGAGUCGGCCCGCGAGCCCAUUCCUCUCAUACAGGGGAUCCUCCAGACCUGCCUCGACCUCCGGCCGCUCCGAGAUGAACUCUACUGCCAGCUUAUCAAACAGACCAGCGUCACCAACUCACAUGUCCAGACGCAGACGCAGACACAGCCGAAUCCGCAGCUCAGAUACUGGCAGCUUCUCACCUGCAUGAGCUGCACCUUCCUGCCCAGCUGCAGCAUACUCAGAUACCUACGCUUUCACCUGAAGAGGGUUCAGAGUUUGAGUGUGGACCCGGAGGUGGAGAGCUACGCGUCCUUCAUAGCCCAGGCUCUGGAGAAGACGCGCGGCCGUGAGUGUGUGCCCUCGUGGGAGGAGAUCCAGGGGCUGAUGGGAAGGCAGGAGAUACUGUGUACUGUGCACUACCCUGGACCGGGCUGCUGCCAGAUACCGAUCACCUCGCACACCACGGCUAAUGAGGUCGUGAGGCAGAUGGCGGAACGCCUCGGACUGCAGGACAGCCGAAACACAUUUGCUCUUUUUGAGCAGAACUCGUGCUGGGAAAAAGCUAUCGGAGGCAGCACCAUAAUCGCAGAUGUCAUCACCAGAUUUGAAAAUUUGUCAGCUAAAGAUCCCGACUCUGACUGCCAGUGCCGACUCUGCUUUAAACUGUAUUGUCUGCUGGACACCGACAGCAUCAGUACAGACAACAUUGAGUACCUCUUCCUGUAUGAGCAGUGUCAUGAGAUGGUGGUUCGUGGGCAACUGCCAGCCUGUGAGGAUGACCUUCUUUCCCUGGCAGCAUUGAGACUGCAGUGUCUUCUGGGAGAUUUCAGCGCCCUCUCGCCGUACCCGCCCUUGGAGCAGCUCUUUCCGGCUGAAGUGGUGGAGGCCCGGGCCCUACUGGCCCCUGUCGAUCCCCCUGGUUGUCCGUCAUUCCCUGGGGGUCUGCUGGCUGGGACGCUGUGGGGACACAAGCGGCGUCAGGAACAGGACCAAAGACUGCGGGCCAGACUAAGGGAAGAGGGAGCCGUGGUGAUGUCAGCCAUUUUGGAGCGCUGGAAAGCCCUGGCGGGAUACAGUCGCAGAGACAGCAUGGCCGCCUAUCUCACCAUCGCCCAGCAGUGGUCAGGGUUUGGCUGCACGCUCUAUGAAGUGGACUUUUACAUUAGCUCGACAGGAAGCUUCUCUCAGAAGUUGUGGCUGGGCGUGGCGGCUUCCUGUGUGUCUCUGUAUCGUCAGGGUGAGGCUGAAGCGUUGGAGUCUCUGCCGAUUGGUCAGAUCUGUUCCUAUGGCGUCUCUGAUAGCAACACAUUCAGGAUCACUGCGGGAGACAGAGAUCUGCUCUUCGAGACCUCCAAGCUGACUGAGAUCAUGCAGCUGAUGAAUGCUUACUUCAGUGCCACCCGUCGCCAGCUAGGCAAGGAUGACUGCAUCUCCAUGGAGACAAACCCUAAGCUCCACCCCUCCCUACUUGAGCUCCCCUCUCACCCGGUGUGAAGAGAGAAUGACUCGCGCGCGCGCGCGCACACACACACACACGUGCAUAUGCAGUCCUGACCGAUUGCUUCCCUGUGAGGAGCUUUUGCAAAGAGGACGAACUCAGAUGAGACUGAAAGGAGCAGAUGCUGUGGAAAUGGAGGAGGAGUGGAAGGUGUCCAGGAGCCACAAACAGGAGAGCAGGUUCAGGAACUCACUUGCUACACCGCCAGCCAAAUCCAGGACACGGGGCCCUAAACCGGCCCCUGCUACCUGGAAGCCCGCCAAAUAUCACAGAGAGCAUAAUAGCCUGACUUCAGAGAGCAAAAAUUGUUUUCUUUAGCAGUAUUUUUGCCUUGUUUUUUAAAUAUUUAAACAUCCUUAAAACAACAUUAAUUUAUUUUUUUAAUUGCUUUGAAAAAUGUAAAUACGUUUAAUUUUCCUAUAAUUCAUCAAGUAUUAAGACUAACUUUUCAAGGAAGUUUCUUUUUCUUAUUUUGCAUCUCAUGUAAAUUUACCUUGUUUAAAGGAUGUUUCUGUUUAUUUUUUUUUUUAAUUGGAAAACAUGACAAAAAUACUUGAUUAUUUUUUUUCUUUGCAGCGAUUUCUUUGUAUUUCACUAAAGGAAGACAACACAAACACGCUGCCACUGCACUCACACACAAACACUCGCUCAGCUUUGAACGUUCCUUUCCUGACUCCUGCCUGGAUUGCCAUUAAACUCAUUCAUCAAACCGUACCUGACCUUGAAAUGAAAACAGGUGCAAGUCACUUUCACGUCGACCUUCAGAACUCUCCAAUACUGAAGUGACGGUGCUGCGUGUGUGUGUGAGAGACAGAUUUGAACAUUUUAAGCUGUAGAAACCAAAGGAUCUUUAGCUCGUCUCUAUGAUGUGAGUGUAUUUGUGAAAUGCUUUGAGCCCGACCUGGUGCUGCUUGACUGCUGUUAGCUUACAGUCUCUUAACUCUGCACUGUGCGUCCUGUAGCCACAACAGCCUCAGAUCUUUAGAUCCGGUUAAAACCAACUAACUUCAACACCUGUUUGCAACCUGUUACCUGUGAAGGUAAAUGACAUUGACAUUUGUUUUAAAAAAUGAAUACAAAUUUUGGUUCAAACCAAGCUUCCCAGACCUCUCAAACACUGAAGAUAGACAAAUAAUCAACACUAUUGAUAUGCAACAUUGUCAUGUACCCUAAAGAUAGUACAUUUCCAUUUAAGGGAUAGUUUACCCAAAAAUGAAAAUGUAGUUAUCAGUUACUAACCCUUCUUUCAUAUUGCUGAACACAAAAGAUAUAUAUCUGAUAUUUUCAUAUUAUGAAAGGAAAUAAGGUCCAAAACAGCAUCACUUUGGACUCCAUUGACUUUCAUUGUAAAAAAAAAAAAAAAAAAAAAAAAAAAAAAAAUAUAUAUAUAUAUAUAUAUAUAUAUAUAUAUUAUAUAUAUAUAAAUAUAUAUAUAUAUUCUUCUGUGUUCCACACAAUAAAGAAAGUCAUACAGGUUUGGAACAUGAAAGUAUGUAAAUGAUGACCUUUGAGCAUAAAUUGUAGCCUCUGUCAGUUGUGCUUUAUGCCAGCUUUUUUUUUUUUUUUUAUCUGCUGAGAUAUUGUCCUCCUUUAAUGUGUUACUUUUCACUAGUUUUAUUUAUGGCUGUCUGUUGUAUACAUUGUGUGAAAGUGACUUUUGUUCUUUUUACUUUUGUUUUAUAUAUCUUUCAUAAAGACCUAUAUUUGUGUUUUAGUGCUUGCAUUGAAAUAAUUACAAAAGAGCAGAUGACGUCAUAGUUAAAAUAUGAUGUUUAUUUACUUUUCUGGUUCUUUGUCAUAUAUUUCCCCCGUCGCGAGAGGUCUACAUAUGGCAAGUAAUCCGUUUUUGUAUAUCCAGUAGGAUUAUUGACAUUUUGUAAUAAUUAAAAAAUGAAGAGUCAUUCACCCCUUUUAAAGUCACAUGGACCAAAUAUCUAGGGGUUGUGGGCUUUCCCCCCUUGUUUUCUUUUAUUUUCCCCCAUCAAAUGACUGCCAAACUAUUACAGAAGCAAUAAAACCUGCCCAGAUGUCCCGAGUAUGAGCCUAUUUUGAGCCUAAAGAGGAGCCACUAGUGCCUGUCAAACAGUCUGUACAAUCUUUAAUUCACUUUAAAUUUUUUGGUUGUGCACAUCUUUGCUCUAGGGCAGCUUGUCUGCCUGAAUACAAAUCUGAGAAAAGGUUACCAGCUACUUGAAAUUCAAAGGUGGAGGGCAAUCACAUCUUCAGUGUUGUUUAUUUUGGUUUUUGUCUUUUGCUCCUACAGCCCUUGUGACGGCAGUAGCAGUUGUUACGUGCUUUUGUGUUCUCUUCAUGUCACUCUUUAGCUGCAGGCAGCUCCGCCCACUGUCAUACAUGUAACAUGACUCGAAUGACAACCUCUGAUGCUUUAGAUGGUUUGUAUGCUGCAUGGUACCUUUAUGUUAUACGUGUAAUAGUCAAUUGCACUAUUGUUUGUACAGCUAACUUAAAUGUGCAAUAAUGCAAAAUGAUGAAUACUGUAUGUAAUAAAAAGCAGCACCAUUACAACAUCA